AUGGCAUCUUCAAGUACUACCAUCUUCGGCUCUCCUUGCGCCGCUUGCAAGUUCCUUCGUCGAAAAUGCAUGCCUGGUUGCAUCUUUGCCCCCUACUUUUCCCCUGAAGAACCUCAAAAGUUCAUCAAUGUGCAUAAAGUGUUUGGUGCAAGUAAUGUAACAAAGCUCCUUAAUGAGCUUCUUCCGAGCCAACGCGAAGACGCAGUGAACUCUCUCGCCUAUGAAGCCGAAGCUCGUAUAAAAGACCCUAUCUAUGGCUGCGUCGGUGCCAUCUCCGUCCUCCAGCGCCAAGUGCAGAGGCUACAGAAGGAGCUGGAUGCAACCCGCGCCGAACUCCUCCGAUAUGCUUAUGUUGAACAUCGUUCGGCAAACAUUUCGACAAUUAGUUCAAGGCUCCAUUAUCCGUAUGAUCUACCAUCCCCAACUCAUGGAUUACUGCCUAGUUUCACUAAUUAUUAUCUUCCCCGUUCAUGGAAUGCUUCUACUAGCAACUCUUCAACAGAUAUUGCAUUCACCAUGGACAUGAUGCCCAUGUUCCUGGCUGAGUUACUUUACAUACAAAUCUUCUAA